GCCCCCAAAUUAACACCUUUUUCCCUUUAAAACCCCAAUCCUGAAACCCUAGCCCGAGAAAUUACCAGCUUUGAGAGCGGCGCUGCACAGCUUCCCCAAGAACCCAUCAUUCUCAGAUUUUCUCUCAGUGUUUAAUAGUGAAACGAUGUCCACUGUCGGAGAAGCUGCUUGCUCUUACGCUGCUCUUAUUCUUUAUGAUGAUGGCAUCCCCAUCACCGCUGAGAAGAUUUCUACACUAGUUAAAGCUGCAAAUGUCUCUGUUGAAUCCUACUGGCCAAGCUUGUUCGCUAAGCUUUUUGAGAAGUGCAACAUUGAGGAUCUCAUAACCAAUGUUGGAGCUGCUGGUGGUGGUGCCCCAGUAGCUGCAGCUGCACCUGUUGCUGCUGGCGGAGGAGCUGGUGCUGCUGCUCCACCUCCUGCUGAGGAAAAGAAGAAGGAAGAACCGGAGGAAGAGAGCGAUGACGAUAUGGGAUUCAGUUUGUUUGAUUAGGUGUGUUUUGGUCAAUUACUAGUUAUAUCACAUUAAGGUAGUAACGCUUUUAGAGUUGUAUUGCUAUUGGUAUUUGCAUGUUGAUUAGAAAUAUUACGUUUUUGUUGAAUGAAGUUGACACUAAGUAGCUCUUUCUUUGUGAUCUGUUUUUUUGAAUCUUCCUAUAUAUAGAAGUAUUAUAGAUUCUAGACCAA